AUGGCCCCCUCCACAUCUAAAACAAUCAUUCAUACACCUCUACCAAGAUCUUCUAAAAUUACAAGAAAUAUAACUCUAUUGUUAUGUUUAUUAGGACUCUGUUUAUCUAUAUUUGCUUUGUACAUAGAAGUUCUCAAAGAAAAAAACCCAGACUAUGUUGCAUUAUGUGACAUUAGCGGUUAUGUUUCAUGCUCACGAGCAUUAACCUCAAGGUAUGGUAAAGGUUUUGGAUUGGUUGAGAAAAUUUUUUCCAACACAAGUAUCUUAAACCAGCCAAAUACAGUGUAUGGUAUGGCCUACUACACAUUCCAAGCUACUCUAGCACUGAACCCAUCGUCCUCGGCUGCUGUGGUGCAGACAGUGUUCAGUGUUGUGGCCAAUUUGGGCUCCGUCUAUCUGGGCUACAUCCUGGUCUACAUCAUCAGGGACUUGUGCAUCGUCUGUGUCUCCACGUACAUCAUCAACUUUUGCAUGCUCAUUGUCAUCCUGGUCAAGCUGAAAAACUCUGCAGUGGAGGAUAUCAGGAGGUCACAGAAGAAGAGGAAGUAGAGUCACACACAACUGGACGUGAUGAAAUCUUGAGUCACACACAACUGGACGUGAUGAAAUCUUGCAUAUCUUUCUCUUAGCACUAACAAAUGUCAAGAAAUGAACAAUGAGAAAAGUAUUUGUGUUG